UCUCACACUUCCUACUGAAUAUAAGUAAAAUCACCAAUAGCUACAUUCAAACACGCCCCCUGCGAACCAAUUACAAGAUCAUUCAGACAUUCAUCAUGGGAUGGUUCGGAGGCGAUUCUAACGAGGCCCAAGCCUUCGACCAGUAUCAAAAUACCCCGGACGAGCAUAAGGCGAAGAUCUCGCACGAGCUCAUUGGAGGAGCGGCUGCAUAUGAGGCCGCAAAGGCAUAUGAGCAGCACUGUGCUAAGAACGGAAAGCCGGCAAGCCACGCUGAAGCUAAGGAGAUCCUCGCCGGCUUGGCUGGAGCUUUCAUCGACAGAGAGUUCGAGACUCGGGGUCUCAACUUCGUCGACAGGGAGCGAGCCAAGCACGAUGCUCACAAGCGACUUAAUGAGCAGGUAGCUUCGGAAUAUUGAGAUUGAAUUAGAAGACAACGCAGAGAAUGAAUUCUGGAGGUCAGAUCAAUUGAAUAUCUCUAGUACAAGAAAUACUA